CCCAGAUAAUCGACCCAGGUGUUAUGAUGCGAUCCUUGAGCUUUGCUUCCACAUCCUCAGUUCAACCCGCGCCAGAACCCGGACUUCCACCCCAGCCGUAAUCACCUCGUCCCGUCCCUGCGGCCAGAAUUAAAGUUCUCCAACUACAGACUUUCUGCCUUUGUCUAUGAGUCAUGGCAACUCCCAUGAAGGGCCAAGUGUGUGUGGUGACUGGUGCCUCCAGGGGUAUUGGCUGUGGCAUCGCCUUGCAGCUCUGCAAAGCAGGUGCCACAGUUUACAUUACCGGCCGCCAUCUGGACACCCUUCAGGCCACUGCUCAGGAGGCGCAAUCCCUCGGGGGCCGAUGUGUGCCCGUGGUGUGCGAUUCAAGCCAGGAGAGUGAAGUGCGAAGCCUGUUUGAGCAAGUGGAUCGGGAACAGCAGGGUCGUCUGGAUGUGCUGGUCAACAACGCUUAUGCUGGAGUCCAGACAAUCCUGAACACCAAGAAUAAGGCAUUCUGGGAAACCCCUGCCUCCAUGUGGGAUGAUAUCAACAAUGUUGGACUCAGAGGCCACUACUUGUGCUCAGUGUACGGGGCACGGCUGAUGGUACCAGCUGGCCGGGGGCUCAUUGUGGUCAUCUCCUCCCCUGGGGGCCUGCAGUAUAUGUUCAACGUCCCCUAUGGCGUGGGCAAAGCUGCGUGCGACAGGCUGGCUGCUGACUGUGCCCACGAGCUGCGGCGCCAUGGGGUCAGCUACGUGUCUCUGUGGCCAGGGUUGGUGCAGACAGAACUGCUGAAGGAGCAUAUGGCAAAGGAGGAGGCCUCACAGGACCCGCUGGUUAAGCAGUUCAAGCCAUACUUCUCAUCUGCAGAAACCACAGAAAUGAGUGGCAAAUGUGUGGUGGCCUUGGCAACAGACCCUGACAUCCUGAGCCUGAGUGGUAAGGUGCUGCCAUCCUGUGACCUUGCUCGACGCUACGGCCUUCGGGAUGUGGACGGCCGCCCUGUCCAAGACUAUUUGUCUUUGAGCUCCAUCGUCUCGAAUGUCUCCGGCCUGGGCUGGCUGUCCUCCUACUUACCCAGCUUCCUCCGUGUGCCCAAGUGGAUUAUCGCCCUCUACACUAGCAAGUUCUAACCUUCCUGGCAGGUGUCACAAUUAUGCUUCUCUCCUCAUUUGGGCUGUGGUGGUUGGGCCUAUCUCUGUGGAAUACAGCAGCCUUUCUCGCCUAUCCAUACCCUUGACAUGAAGAGCAGACCUCUGCCUUGUGUCCGUGGUGAGUUCUGGGGGCCCUCAUAUGUCCUUCUUUGUGCCUUGGUUCUCCUCAUCCCUACAUUUUACUUUUUGUCUCACUAUUGAAAAAUGCUUUGGGAGCUAAUAAAGGUCUCAUUUCUACUUCA